GAGACCGUUGACAGCCGGUGCCUGGCGGUGCCGGGGCCGCCACCCUUCCGUCUUUCGUUAGCGGGUGGCUGAACUGCGGAAACAGCCGCCCGGAGCGCGUCUGGUAGCGGACGAGCCGCGGGCGGCCCUGUGCAACUCUCUCUGCUGCGAUCGGGAACAGGAGCUGUUUGUGAAAGAGAUCGAGGCCGGGUUGGAUGGAACCCUGGCAGCCUGGUCUGGGCACUGACAGCAAGGCAGCAGAAUGGAGAGCAAGUGCUGUCGUCGCUCUGCAGUUUGCUCCAAGACAACCAUCUACACAUUUCUACUUGGAGGAGUCUUCAUUGCUCUGGGCUCAAGUCGAAUCCUUCUGAUGAAAUAUUCUGCUAAUGAAGAUAACAAGUAUGAUUAUCUUCCUACAACAGUGAACAUAUGUUCUGAAGUAGUAAAACUGUUCCUGUGCGUGGUACUGGCUCUAUGGGUUAAGAAAAAAGAGGGCUGCUUAGAUCAUCCAUUUGGCUGUCUUUCCUGGAAGAAUUUUUGUAAUUCCAUGAAAUGGUCAAUUCCUGCCUUUCUUUACUUUUUGGACAACUUGAUUGUCUUCUAUGUGCUGUCCUACCUCCAGCCAGCAAUGGCUGUCCUCUUCUCAAAUUUUGUCAUUAUAACAACGGCUCUUCUCUUCAGGAUAGUGCUAAAGCGAAAACUCUCUUGGGUACAGUGGGCAUCUCUGGUUAUCUUAUUCUUAUCCAUCGUCGCCCUUACACUAGGAACUGGAGGCCAUCAGCAAAGCUUGGCUGUGCAUGGAUUCCAUCACAGUAUGUUUUUCAGCCCAUCUAACCACUGCCUUUUUUCUGCUGGACCGGAGGAAACGUGCAUGGAAAAUGGUAGCUGUGGAGCACCAAGAUUCCUUCCCACCUUCCGGUGGAAUGUUACAAGUACCAUGGCAGGAGCACUGAAACCUCUACGACUCAGUCUGGGGCAUCUGCUUAUUCUAGUGCAGUGUUUCAUUUCUGCCCUGGCUAACAUCUACAAUGAAAAGAUAUUGAAAGAUGGAGAUCAGCUUGGUGAAAGCAUCUUCACACAGAACAGCAAACUGUAUGCCUUUGGAGUGUUGUUCAAUGGACUGAUGCUGGGCCUACAGGCUAAGGACCGGAGGCAAAUAGGGAAUUGUGGUUUCUUUUAUGGGCACAACAUCUUCUCAGUGGCUCUCAUAUUUGUCACUGCUUUCCUGGGGUUGUCUGUAGCCUUUAUCUUGAAGUUCCGAGACAAUAUGUUCCAUGUUAUGACAGCUCAGAUCACCACUGUCAUCAUCACUACUGUGUCUUUUGUCAUCUUUGACUUCAGGCCUUCUUUAGAGUUCUUUUUGGAAGCUCCUGUAGUGCUUCUCUCCAUAUUCAUCUAUAAUGCCAGUAAACCAAGAGGCCUGGAAUAUACUGCUAUGAGGGAAAGGGGCAAGCUUUUCAAAGGAGAUACAUGGGAGAGGUCAAGUGGGGAUGGAGAAGAAUUUGAGAGAUUGAACAAACCAAGCAGUGACAUUGAUACAGAUGAAGAUUCACUCUAGCAUGGAGCAGGCUGAGAAGAAUGCUAUUACUCAUAGUGAGGGAAUGUUCAUGUUUCCUUUUUCCCUUUUUGCAGAAUGAUUGAGAUUUCUUUGGGCCUAAAUGUCAGAGAUAGAUGAGGAAAACAUUCAAACUCUUAAUUUGAGCCACACAUUCUUGAAAACUGUUUUCCCUCUUACUAUCUCUGCAAAUGAAGAGGUUAAAAUCUGCUGUAAUAAACCAAGUUUAUAAUUGAUGUGAACAAGAAGAGACUUGGAUGCUGGACUCAGUUGUGUGGGUGACAUGCUGUAUUGGAGGGCAGUCCUUGCUGCAAAUACGCCAGCGUGUGUCUUUCGUCACUUUGGUUGGUUGUGAAGCGGUGCAAAUUCCUUUAUGAAUUCUUUUGUUAGCAAAACAGAGGUGAUAAAACUGUUGUUCAUGUUGCAGAAGUGGUAGGAGGACUGAUGAGCAUCUUCUAAUUAAGCUGGGACUAAUAACCUUAUAAAUAAUGAAGCAUAUUGACUGUUUUAUUGUAUUUUGGUCAAUCAGAUUGAAACAUCCCUAGCUGAGUGAAAGAGUCCCCUUGAAACAAUCUUAUCAAACCUUGACUUGUGAAUGUAUAAUAAAUCAGACAAUUUGGGUUAAGGAUUUUUCAGACAGAGGAAUCUCUAGAGUGUGAUUUCAGUAUGAAUGGUUUUAAUUUAAUUUUCAUUCCUGUUCUACACCAGUGUAACUCUGUACUGGCUCCUGUGGAGUCCUUCCUGAUUCUUUGAUGUGACUGAAGCAGAAUAGAUUUCAGUGACUUCAGCCACUAGCUCUCUCAUAUUUCUAGUAUGAGAUUGCUUUGUGCCUGUCUCCCAGUGUUUGGGGAAAAUGAAAUAUGGAAUGCCUUUAUAGAAAAUAGUGUAUUUUACAUGCAACUUAUGUGGCCUAACACCGAAAGAGCCUGAAUAAAACAAAAGUAUGUUAUUCAGUUUGAAUGUAUCAUAAGAUCUUUUCUGCAUGUGGAAAGCAUGUAUGUAGAGAUAUACUUUACACUGGGGCCACCAUCUGAAAGUGAAUAUUACAUAGCUACAGUGAGGCACUACAACAUGUAGUACUAAAUACAUGGAGCACCAAGCAGGAGGGCACAGGUGUUGGAAUCGUUUGGCGUUGCUCCACUAACUCAGACUGAUAAAGGUUUGCAUUCGGUUUACAGAGUGAAAAGUUAUUCUGCAGAGUGCCAGGCAGGGUGAUUUCAGAAUAACUGUUGGCUUGUAUUUUGAGUGAGAUGAAAAAUAGGUUCCAAGUAAUUCAGUGAAUCUUAAAAAUUGAAGGAUGAAGUGAAUAGGAAUGCAGAUAAGAGUUAUUAAUGUGUUCUUGGAAAGAUACUGUCAAAGGAAUUCCUAAGGAGGUAUGCAAUAAGUUCAGCAUCAAACUCUCAUACCACAGAAUAUAGUAAUGCAUUUCUCUGUGGACAGUUCUGUCUUUGUUCCCCUCUUCUACCCUGUUUCCAGGCUCUAUGUGCUAACAGCUUACUUACACAUACUGUAUUGAUGGCUCAUUGCUGCAUUUAUUAGCAUACCUCCUGUCACUGAUCCAUCAAAAAGAGCAGCCUGUUUCCAGUUGUGGCCAAUGCCUGUCAGAAACUAUGUAUGUGAAAUUCUUACUCUGAUUUUUGGUUUUUUGGAUGAUGAAUGUGAAAUCUUACUGUUUUUUUUUUUUUCCCCCCCAGAAGUGUAAGCUUUUUCUUGUAUGUAUUAAGACUAAUUAUACAAAGAGAAAUUAUUGUUGUGGUUUGUUUAUAUGAGGUAACAUUGUAAGUAGUGUUGAAAAAUGAAAAACAUUUUACAGCUGA